UGUGUGCAUUUCAACAGAAAAAUAAAUCUGUCCAAUUGAGUUCUGGAAACCUACAUAUGGCAAACAAACAAAAGGGAGAAAUGAAUAACAAUGAAGAGGGUAAGACCCUCAUGUAGCCACUCAACACAAACACAAAAUGUUCCCACUUCCUUAGUUCCAGAGUUCUCAGUAGGACGGCAGGAGGCUUUUGAAAUCUUCAGGAGAGACCAUGACAACCAACUGAUCAUUGAGGAAAACAAGUCUUUACUGAAACAAAGGUACUCUGAAGCCAAGACUUUAGGAGAGAAGGUCAACAAUGUAAGAAGCAAAAUCAAUGAAUUGAAGAGACAGCUGGAGCUCAGAAGGAGGCAGACGGCUGUGCAAGGGUUGACAACAGGAUCUCCAGUCCCAGAGAACCCUGGCCCUGUGGAGGAGAGGCUACUCUCUGAAAUUGAAGAGGAAAAAAAGAACUAUAAGAGCAUCUUUGGCCGGCUGAAGGGACUGAAGACAGAGAUCGAGCAUUUACAGCUGCUGCUGGAGAGGGCAAAGGUCAAGCUACAAAUGGACUUCCAUGAGUGGUGGAAACAGGAAGCCAACAAACCACAGCACCCUAUAUUGGAAGUGACUUCUGCUGCAACUAGACCCCCUACAUCUGUCUCCAGUCCUCCAGCAAUCAGAGACAUACAUAUGAUGGGUCUUGAUGCAGCAGUUAUGUCUAAGAAGGAUACAGACAGCAACAACCCCCCUGUUUCAGGAGACCUCAGUAUAUGUUUAUAUGUUUCAGAGCCCUGUCCUCUUCCAGCCUGUCAGACUCCUCUAUUCCCCUCACCGGAGACACAGAAACAGAUGAAGACAUACUGGCCUUCAUCAGGGCUCGACAGAACCUGCUUAACAGCACUGGCCCAUUAAAGACAAAGAAGCAAGCAUGACGGAAUGUUUCAACCACCAUCUUCCAAAACUAGGCCUGCAAAGAACACAGAACAGGUUGUAGGCUCUACGUACAUGACCCAGAGAUCAGCCCACUGGACCUGCUGUCUGUCUGUCCGUCACUAGUAGAUGUCCAAUAGGGGACCAACAGGACCACAUGGACCUGCUGUCUGUCUGUCCGUCACUAGUAGAUGUCCAAUAGGGGACCAACAGGACCACGUUGAAAAAAGAAGGUAUUGCAGUACUAUCACAGAUCUGGGAAUCAAUCACAGCUAAAGGAUCAUUGUUGGUCUGAACAAGUGUUCUCACCAUAUGGAAAAGCAUUCAUUAGAUUGUGUUGUGUAGCGAGGGCUGUCUUGUUCAGGGGCUUGUCCUAUCAUGUCUUGUCUGUAUUUGUCCUAUUAAAUGUGCCUGUCAGAUGCCUUCUUCUCUUUCUUCAUCUGUAGUGAUGACAUGUAAGUCUUUCUGUCAGAUUUAUUCUAGAAGUACAUGCCCUCUCAUUUUGUGUGGUUCUCAGAAAGUCGGAUCCAUGUAGUUCUGUGUCCUGUAAAUAUCAUGUUGCUCUUGGAAUUAGUGAGACAGAGUUGUCCAGACUACAUUAUCUUGUGUCAUUUGUUGUCUCUGCACUAGAGUAUGUGUAAUAUGAAGCGCUUCAUUGGAAUGAGCAUUUGACAUUUUUCCACUAGGCAGGGAAGUUUAUGUCAAGUUUAAGUCAAUCAGUAUAAUUAAUAGUUCUUGACAUCACAACCACUUGCACCAUGUUCAUGAGGGACCCCUGCAAUGGCUUGGUUUUGCAUAGCUUGAAUAUAUUUGUGUGCGAGUUGACUUUUAGUGAAGUGAUUUGCAUUGAGCAAAUGACAGCAGGAGACUGGUAAAGCCUCUGUUCACAGCUUUUCUAGAAGUCAGAUCUUGAUUUUGUAUCUAGCAAGUCUGACUUAUGUCUGUAUGUAUCUUGUCUGGUGUCACAUGGCGAUCAACUGGCAUUUACUCAUCAAAUACACUCUGAUAUCAGGUUUUAUCCCAACUAAUCAAAUACACUCUGAUAUAAGGUUUUAUCCUAACUAAUCAAAUACACUCUGAUAUCAGGUUUUAUCAAAUACACACUCUGAUAUCAGGUUUUAUCCUAACGAAUCAAAUACACUCUGAUAUCAGGUUUUAUCCUAACUAAUCAAAUACACUCUGAUAUCAGGUUCUAUCCAAACUCAUUAAAUACACACUAAGAUAUCAGGUUUUAUCAAAUACACUCUGAUAUCAGGUUUUAUCCCAACUAAUCAAAUACACACUAAGAUAUCAGGUUUGAUCAAAUACACACUAAGAUAUCAGGUUUUAUCCUAACUAAUCAAAUACACUAAGAUAUCAGGUUUUAUCCUAACUAAUCAAAUACACACUAAGAUAUCAGGUUUUAUCCUAACUAAUCAAAUACACACUAAGAUAUCAGGUUUUAUCCUAACUCCUCAAAUACACUCUGAUAUCAGGUUUUAUCCCAACUCAUUAAAUACACUCUGAUAUCAGGUUUUAUCAAAUACACUCUGAUAUCAGGUUUUAUCCCAACUCAUCAAAUCCAUACUUCACAUACCCCAACAUAUUCAUGAACCUAACAUCAUCCCAAGCGAGGAAAUAUUUUUGUGUUAAAGACUAUUUUUCUCUGAAAAGAUAACCCAUUUAAAUAUGCAUUCUCCUUGUGGAAUCUCCCAUGUCAAGGAAGAUGUUCUAUCUCUAAGCAGAUCUGUGAUCUGUGAACUCUCUCAACUGUUAAGUGUUCUCUCUCUAAUACAAAUGAUACGUCAUGAUAUGUCAUUAUACAAUCUAUAAAAUGUGAAUGUUAUAUACCCCA